AAAGCAUCUGGAAUCUUCGCCUCUUCUUCCGUUCGGGCAUUAUUUCUUCUUAACAUUUUCUACUUUAUAUCCCAUAUUCAGCACCCCAUUAUUCGCCGCCAGAAUGCCGGUCAAAAGAAAGGCUUCAGCGAAUGUUUCGGGGCCUACUAAAUCUGGACGAGCCUCUACAACCUCAACACCUGGUUCCGCUACGCCGCGAUCCAUCGAUACCGACGAUGACGAUCCCGGCUCCCCGGAAGAGCCUGCCGAAAACGAGGAACAGAUACAAAAGGUCGUAGAUCGCUUCUCGUUAGCGACAUUUCGCAGCACCACGAGCCACGAAGAAGACUGGACCUCUAGGAGAUUCUUUCGAGAAGGAAGACGUGAUUUCUCGUAUUUACCUCUAAAGCCCGAUUUCAAGAGCCGUCCAAUUUGGAUAGAUCCUCAGAGAGGCCGAAUCAUCCUCGAGAACUUCAGCCCUUUAGCCGCGCAAGCGAAAGAUUUCCUCAUUACCGUUGCCGAGCCUUUGUCGCGACCGACCUUCAUCCACGAAUAUGCCCUUACUAGUCAUAGUCUAUACGCGGCUGUGUCCAUCGGUUUGCAGCCCAGAGACAUUGUCAAUACCCUAGAGCGUUUCUCUAAGACCCCUGUUCCCGAUUCGAUUAUGAAUUUUAUCGGAAGCUGCGCGUCCAGUUACGGCAAAGUCAAGCUAGUCAUCAAAGAAACAAAAUAUUUCGUCGAGAGUACCGAUCCGGAUGUCUUACAGAAGCUAUUAAAGGAUCCUGUUAUCGGGCCAUGCCGUGUUCAAGGUACCGAAACAGUCACCAACGCCCCAUCAAUGGCGGGCAUUGUGAUUCCUGGUACUUCCAACGCCGCGGGAGUACGGCAGGCACAAAUCAAGAAAGACGAGAAGGCACAAGAGGAAGGUGGCGAGAACACACAGGCUCCAAAUCCGUUCGACGCCCUUAGAGAGGAUGACGACGAUGAUAAUCAAGAAGCCGUUCACGCCUUUCAAAUUAGCGAUCCUCUAGUUGAAGUGGUUCAAAAGCGUGCUCUAGAAAUCCAAUACCCCAUGUUAGAGGAGUACGAUUUCCGUAACGACGACAAAAAUGCGAACCUCGAGAUCGAUCUACGGCCAGCUACGCAAAUCCGAAGCUACCAAGAGAAGAGUUUGAGUAAAAUGUUCGGAAAUGGUCGAGCAAAGAGUGGCAUUAUUGUGCUGCCCUGUGGCGCUGGUAAAACGCUGGUAGGUAUUACCGCCGCGUGCACCAUCAAAAAGGGCACCAUUGUCCUCUGUACCAGUACGAUGUCGGCGAACCAGUGGCGUAACGAAUUUUUGAAGUGGUCCAAUAUUGAUCCUCAAGAUAUCACCUUGUUCACAUCGGAUCACAAAUCAAAAUUUCCUGGAAACACUGGUAUCAUUGUCACAACGUACCCCAUGGUUACAAACUCAGGGAAGAAGCGUGCGCAUGAUACGGAAAAAAUGAUGGAAUUUCUGCGAGAGCGAGAAUGGGGUUUAAUGUUAUUAGACGAGGUUCACGUCGUCCCCGCCAACAUUUUCCGCAAGGUCUCUCAUACUAUCAAGAGUCACGCAAAGCUUGGAUUGACAGCAACGCUGCUUAGAGAAGAUGACAAAAUUUCUGAUUUGAACUUCCUCAUCGGACCUAAGCUAUAUGAGGCAAACUGGAUGGAGUUGUCAGAGCAAGGCCACAUAGCCAAAGUUCAAUGUGCCGAAGUCUGGUGCCCAAUGACUGCCGAGUUCUUCGAAGAGUUUAACAGACAAAAGAAGAACAGGGGUCUGCAGCAGAACUUAUAUGUCAUGAACCCACGCAAGAUCCAAGCUUGCCAAUUCCUUAUUGAUUACCACGAGAAGCGAGGCGACAAGAUUAUUGUAUUUUCUGACAACGUUUACGCACUUCGAGAAAUCGCUCUAGCUCUGGGUAAAGCUUACAUUUGCGGGUCUACCAGUAACGCUGAGCGGAUGAUGGUCUUAGACCACUUUAUGCAUAAUCCCCUCGUGAAAACCAUCUUCCUCUCGAAGAUUGGAGACACUUCCCUUGAUCUGCCGGAAGCCACUUGUCUAAUCCAAAUAUCCUCUCAUUACGGAUCUCGCCGACAGGAGGCACAGCGACUGGGCCGUAUCCUCCGAGCGAAGCGGAGAUCGGACGAGGGAUUUAAUGCCUUUUUCUAUUCUCUUGUCUCAAGAGACACACCCGAGAUGUACUACUCAACCAAGCGACAGGCUUUCUUGGUCGAUCAGGGAUACUCCUUCAAGGUCAUCACACAACUGACCGGAAUGGAACAUAUGGAGAAUCUAGUUUUUAAAACAGCGCAAGAACGACGUGAACUUCUCCAAAAGAUUGUUGUUGAUACAGAGUCCAAGAAAGUAGAUGAUGACGAUGAUGUCGCAGAUGACCUCUUCUACGCUCCAGGUGUGAGAAGAAAGGCUCGUAUCAAGCGUGCCGCGGGCGAUCUUGAAGAGCUUAGUGGCGGAAAAGAUAUGGCUUACAUCGAAUCGAGGAAGGGUGCCAACAAGGCGCUCAAGAAGAAGCCGGCAAAGAGCAAUGCCUUUUUCAAGAAGAUGGCUCGGGAAAAGGAAAGGCUCAAGACUCAGCGUUGAUUUUGCUUUUUUUGCGUUUG